CCAACACAACCACCCCAACUCAACCAUUUGAUAUAAUUAAACCACCAAAAUGCCACACAAACACAAACGCAGACAAAAAGACUCAGAAACCUACGACCUCCCCCCAACCCAAAUCGCCAAAUCCCUCCCCGUCCGCGACCCGACCAGCACCAACACCAGCGCCUCCAAGAAUAAACACCAACCCAAGAACCACAACCGAAAGAAACCCAACGGCGCCGCGCGGAAAGAAGCGCCCGCGAAGAAGAAUACCGCUAAUGCCGCCAACGCCACCGCCAACAAGAAUAGUGGUAGCGCGGCGGCAUCGCGCCCGAAGUCCGCGUUCGAUGACGAUGAUACGCCUCGUGCUUUUCGGCGGUUGAUGCAGCGACAAUUACUGGGUUCAUUGUCAUCGAAGAGGAAGAAUAGGGAUGGGAGUGAUGAUGAUGACGAUGAUAAUGAGGGGAUAAGUGGAGGUGGUAAUAAGAAGCGGAAGCGCGGGAAUGGUGAUGAUCAGUCUGGAGCUGGUGCUGCCGCUGCGGGGCGGAAGAAGAAGGCUACUACUACUACCACUACUACUCCUACUAGCACCACUGAAGAAGAAGGAGGGAAAGUAGCGCAACCGAAGAUCCUACCGGGCGAAAAACUUUCCGACUUCGCGGCGCGCGUGAACCGCGAGAUGCCGCUCUCUGCUAUGAAGCGAACCAACAAGCCUGCGGCGUCUGAAGUGGCCAAUAUACGCGAGCACAAGGUCACGAAGCAUGAGAAGCACCUGCGGCGACUGCAGGCGAUGUGGCGGAAGGAUGAGGCGGAGAUCGUGGAGAAGGAGCGGGCGGAGCGUGAGGAGCGCGCCGAGGAGAUGGAUGAGCAGUUGCAGUUGUGGAAGACGUGGGAGGUUGAGGCUGGGAAGCGAAAGGCGAAGAAGAAGGGGUCGGGCAGACGCAAGAAGGCGGGUGAUGAUGGGGUGGUCGUCGAUGAUGAUCCCGAUCCGUGGGCUAAGCUGAACAAGCGCGAUCGCGUCAAUAAGCAGCUGAAUCCCCUCGAUGUCGUCCAGGCGCCGCCGCAGUUGACGAAACCGCGCGAGGUCUUCAAGGUACGCGGCGGCGCUAGGGUCGAUGUCGCUAACGUGCCGGCUGCUGUGGGCAGUUUGCGGCGUCGCGAGGAGUUGGCGACCGAGAGACGGAAUAUCGUCGAGGAGUAUCGGCGGUUGAUGGCUGAGAAGCGGAAGGCCGCUUAGUUCUCGCUUGUUCCUCCUUACGACAUGUAAUAGGGAAGGUGGUAUGUGUGUGUUGGAUAUGUUGGAGAGGUAUAAAAUCAAUAAUGUCCUUCAUUGCAAAAAUGCUUUUCUGUUUUGGGGAUGGUAUAU